UUUGUGACAAAAGCUUACCGACGGCUUUAAGCUUGCCAAUCGUCGGGGAGCAGGCCUGCCUUCUACCAAUUUUGACACUCCUCUUUUCAGCCUCUGAAAGCUUCAAAUCUCUCAUCUUGCCCUCCACUCCGUCCAGGGCAGGGGUCCUCCUGUCCUCCAUUGUUGGAUGUCCUCACUGAAUCCCGAAGGGAAUACCCAGUAGCCACCUCCAAGCCCACCUCUGCACGCCAGGAAUCAGGAUUAACUGGUGCUUACGAUCGUCCGAGUCUAUAGGCGAGAGGCUUUUUUGGGGAUUUGAUUUUUGGGAUGGAUUUGCUUAUGUUCUUGGUCUGGGAACUGGUUUUGGACAACCAAAUCUCGAGCAACAGUCAUGGAUUGGGUUGGAAGAUGGUGGGGAACUGGUCAUCUCUCAAUCGCUCGCAGCAAAUGAGAAAACCAAGUGUGGAUCUAGAAAUUCGGUGGGACGGACCUCGACAUGCAUUUAGGCUGCGUUUGGCAGCAAAGUUUUUUCAAUGUUUUCUGAGAAUAUUGUGGUUUCUGAAAAAGACCAAGGUUUUGAAUACUUUGCUGCGUUUGGCAUCAGAAAAAACCGAAGUAUUGUAAACCACGGUAUGCCAGAAACCAACGUAUUUUUGUGGUAUCUGGAAAAGAGGUCCCGACCUCUUUUUUUCAAACAGAACGGAGAGAAAUCAUCGGGGAGAUCACGGUGACGUUGCCGUCUACGUUGAGAUAAGAAUACCAGCUGCGAUCCCAUCCUAUUUUCCCUCUUUCUGUUAUGGUAUAAACUCCUGGUUAUAGCCAAUCUCAUCCUAUUUACGAGUAGCAGGUCUCUCAGGUUCUUCUUCUAGCCGGCGUCCCGUGCAAGUCUCGUCUCUUCUCUGCAGCGCCAUGAGCGAAUCAAGCUCUCCACCACGGAAAAAAGGGCCAAAACAGGACAGAGCUACAUGGAAUAAUGGUCGCACUGGCUUUUUUGUGUCAAUGAUGAAAGAGUAUGCAAAUGUGGGAAGGUAUCAUGGCCAAAAUGGGCGGACCAAGGAAGGAUGGCAAGCUAUGAAAAACCGCCUUAAUGAGAGGCCUCCUGGAGCUAAUUUCACUGUUCAACAGCUGAAAGAUAGAGAGCAAAGGCUGAAGAAGAAACUUAAUGUUAGCUAUCAAGCGAACAACGCAAGUGGAGAUACAAACAAUUCCCCUAUUAUGAUGUUUUAUGUGAAAUUUACGAAGGUCAAAUGGCAGAAGGAAAGCAUUGCAAAAGGACAACCGAUGGUAAUGAAGAGAGGAUCAUCAAUGCCAGAAUAUGAGUUGGGCAGAGAUAUAUAUGGGGAUGAUGUUGACUUAUCAUAUGGUGGAUAUACAGAACCUCUAGGGAGUAAUCAAAUUCAUGCUUCAGCAGUAGAAGAUUUAACGAGUGUGGAUUCACCUCAAAGGAAGAGGCUUCGGAAUUCUAAAGGAUCUGAUGACGGAAGUGAGAAAAGUAAGGGGAAAAAAGAAAAGGACACUAUGUUGGCCAACUUGGUUUCCGUGAGGGAGGAAGAAAUGCAAACUUAUAAAGAAAUGAAGACGAAGCAAAUUGAUAGCUACAAGGAAAUCAAGAUGGCACAAAUGGAAAGGAAUGAUCCAAAAAAUGAUCCAUAUGGCAUGCCAAACUGCAAGCCAAGCUUAUUAUAGAUGAGGCCAACCUAUGGGUUACUGCAGGGGCUAAACAAUUAGGAAAAAUUGUAUCGCGCGAGUAAUUGUCAUGUCGUACUUCGGCCUUGUGUGACUCUACAAAACUCUAUUCUCCUCUACUUUAAUAGAUGAGGCAAAUCUUUUGCCUCCGUUUUGAAAAAAAAGAAUUUGGGACUCACACCAAAUGAUCAACACAAGAUGAUCAACCAUCUCAAAGCAGAUAUGCUAAACCGUCAAACAUUCAUGGAAGUGGAGGAUGAUGUUCUAUCCGUGAUUAUCCAAGAAGUCGUUGCCCCGCGGGUCUGAAGGAUACUGAAGUAGUAUAAAUUUUAUUUAAUCGUUACCAUUCCAUUUAUUCAUCAUUAUGUUCCAUGAAUUAGGAUCAUGUAUCUUUCUAUUCUGAAUAACGGAA